AUGGCUCAGCGCACUGCGGGAGGCAAUGCUGCCUUUCACAACUUCCACAACGACUAUGCUCACAUUGCGGACCCGAACGAGCGGCGCCGUCUUGCUCUCGCCGAGAUCGACAAGGCGCCCUUUGGCUGGUACCAUGUGCGAGCCAUUGUGGUUGCUGGUAUUGGUUUCUUCACUGACGCAUAUGACAUCUUCGCUAUCGGAAUGGUGACCAACAUGCUUGGGACGGUCUUCUGGCACACACCCGAGCAAGGUGGUAGCAUCCCCGAGGCCUCCGAUACUGCUAUCAAGGUUGCGACCUCCGGUGGUACUGUCCUCGGUCAACUGGGCUUCGGGUGGCUGGCCGAUAUGGUCGGCCGCAAGAAGAUGUACGGCUUGGAACUCAUCAUCAUCAUCUUCGCUACGCUCGCCCAGUCGCUGUCCGCGGACUCGCCAGCUAUUUCCAUCGUCGGUGUCAUCAUCUUCUGGCGCGUGGUAAUGGGUGUUGGCAUCGGAGGCGACUACCCUCUCUCGUCCAUCAUCACAUCCGAAUUCGCCACGACCAAAUGGAGAGGUGCUAUGAUGGGCUCUGUCUUCGCCAUGCAAGGUCUCGGCCAAUUCGGCGCCGGCAUCAUCGCUCUCAUCGUCACUGCGGGCUUCAAGGAGAGCCUGUCGCUCGCCGCAUCUCCUGCCACUUGCGGUGGUGACUGCCGCCUGGCCGUCGACAAGAUGUGGCGCACCAUCAUCGGCUUCGGUGCCGUUCCUGGCUGCAUAGCCCUCUACUUCCGUCUUACGAUCCCCGAGACUCCUCGCUACACCUUCGAUGUCUCCCGCGAUGUCGUGAAGGCCGGCUCUGACAUCAAGGCAUAUCUCAACAAUAGUGCAGAGGGUCAUCCAGAUGAACAGUUGAGAGUUGAGCAGAUCCGUGAGACAGCUCCCCAGAUGGAGAUCCCUAAGGCUUCAAUGCGCGAUUUCAUGGCUCACUAUGGCCGUUGGAAGUACGGCAAGAUCCUUCUCGGCACGGCCGGCUCGUGGUUCUUCCUCGAUGUGGCAUUCUACGGCGUCGGUCUGAACAACAGCACCAUCCUCGAAGCCAUCGGCUACGGCUCCGACUCUGCCAGCAACGUCUACGAAUACUACAUGAACCUCGCCACCGGAAAUAUCAUCCUCGUCUGCGCCGGCGCCAUCCCGGGCUACUGGGUGACCGUCGCUCUCUGCGACACCAUCGGCCGCAAACCCAUUCAAUUCGGAGGCUUUGCCAUCCUCACAGUGCUCUUCUGCGUCAUGGGAUUCGGCUACAACGUCAUCGGCACCUCAGGCUUGUUCGCCUGCUACGUCCUGUGCAACUUCUUCUUCAACUUCGGGCCCAACUCCACCACCUUCAUCGUCCCCGGCGAGUGUUUCCCAACCCGCUACCGGUCAACCAGCCACGGCAUCUCCGCAGCCUCCGGCAAGGUGGGCGCUAUCAUCGCACAAGUUCUUAUUGGUCCCCUCCGCACUCGGGGCGCUACUGAGGACAAUCCCUCGCCAUGGCUCAACCACGUACUGGAGAUCUUCGCGCUGUUCAUGCUGUGUGGUUGCUUCACUACGCUGCUGAUACCUGAGACCAAGCGUAAGACGCUUGAGCAGCUUGCGGGUGAGGUGCCUGGGACACCUGAAUAUGACCCGAGACUUGCUGUAGGCUACUCGGGGUCGAGAAGCGAUAAUGGAUCGGAUCCGGCGAACGAGGAAAAGGGACUGGGCGAGAAGGUCCUUGGAGUGGUGGUGUGA